UCAUCUUAGAAUCCAUCUACAAAACAAUACGUCUACAGUUACUCCUCACUUUCUCUUCUCUCGUGCUUUAUCCGUCCAUUCUCUCUCUCAAUCUCAUUUCUCUGUCUCUGCUUCCUCUUCUUCGAUCUCACCCUGAAUUCCCUGGACAAUCAUCAUGGCUGACAAAGGAGGAAAAUCAUGUCCCAUAUGCACUGAGGAUAUGGACCUGACUGAUCAGCAGCUGAAGCCAUGCAAAUGUGGUUAUGAGAUUUGUGUCUGGUGUUGGCAUCACAUAAUGGAAAUGGCACAGAAGGAUGAAACUGAGAGCCGUUGUCCUGCCUGUCGUUCACCUUAUGACAAAGAACGUAUUGUGACAAUGGCAGCAAACUGUCAAAGAUUGGUAGCUGAAAUGAAUUCACAGCAUAAAAAGAAAAUGCAGAAAUUGAAUUUGAAGCCUAAAUCAGUGGAUGGAAGGAAACAUCUUAGUGAUGUUAGAGUCAUUCAACGCAACCUAGUGUACAUAAUUGGGCUGCCUCUAAACCUUGCAGAUGAAGAACUACUUCAGCGCAGGGAAUACUUUGGCAGGUAUGGAAAGGUUAUGAAAGUGUCAAUAUCUCGAACAGCAAAUGGCAUAAUCCAACAUUCUGCAAACAGCAGCUGUUGUGUGUAUAUAACAUACUCUAAAGAAUCUGAAGCAGUUCAAUGUAUUCAAUCAGUGCAUUGUUUUGUAUUAGAAGGUAGACCCUUGAGGGCUUGUUUUGGAACCACAAAGUAUUGCCAUGCAUGGUUGAGAAAUGUGCCUUGCAGCAAUAGAGAUUGUUUAUAUCUACAUGAUCAUGGUUCUCACGAGGAUAGCUUUACCAAAGAUGAACUAGUUUUAGCAUUUGCUAGGAGUAGAGUCCAACAAAUCAUUGGUGCUACAAAUAAUUUGCAUCGGCGUACAGGGAAUGUUUUACCUCCACCAGUAGAUAAUCCUAAACAUAUGUCAUCAGCCACCAAACUAGUGUCCCAAAGUCCUUUAGAUAAAUGUGAGAACCAGAUUAAAGGAUUUGCUUCAGGUAUUGGGGCUGUCACUUCAACUGUGCUUCCUGCUGUGACCUCUUGGGUUAGGUGUGUGUCUGGCAAUCUUCCACAUGAUACAAGUUCAUCAUGUUCUGGUAAUCUGGCAAAUAGAAAGAUUGAGGCAUCUAAUGAUCCACAGGCCCUUGUGUCCGGAGUUGCUUCCACUGAAAGGUCUAUUAAUAUAAGAAAAUCAGGGGAAGCUGAAAAUAGCUCUGAUGUGUGUUCCAAUGGUGCCUUCGUACCUUCAGAGACGAACAACCAUAAUAGUGGUGGAAAUUCUAAAACAUGUGAGUCAAGUGUUUUCAAUGAAGUUACUUUGGAGAAAUUUCCUGGCAUUGUAUUGCCUAACUGUGAAACAUAUGUGGCAGCUUUUAUGGACAAUGAUCAAGAUACUGUAGCACCUUCUGUGAGCACAGGCUUCCUGGAGCUCUCCAGGCAACAUGAUUUCAAUAUUGAUACUGCAGUUGGCAUUAAUUCAAAUGGGGAUGUUCAUGGCUUAUGUUCAGGGUUAUCAUCUAUUAGCAUUAAUAUUCAUCUAGAAGAUUCGUAUUUAACUCCUGAUUCAGACGGAUUACCUUUUACUCGUAACUCAAUCGAUUCCUCUCUAGGGCAGCAUUUACAGCAAGAUAAUGAGUAUUCAACAGAACAUUCAUCCACACCAGCAUUUUGGGAAGAUAUCAUUGUGGAUGACGUACUAAACAUAGACUCUAAACAACAAAAAUUCAGCAAAGGCAUCAAUUAUUCGUCAUCAUCUGGGCUCCAUUCUAGUUGUCUACCUCAGAAUGUAAACCACUCAAGCCAUCAACCAUUUCAGCAAGAUCAAAUUUGUCACCAGAAUCAUUUCAGAAAACCUUCUACUGAGUCUUUUAAUGAACACUUGGAGACAGGACAUGUUAAAUAUGGGGAGAGUAAAGAUAAUGGUGCAGGUGUUGAUAGUAUGGUUGCUUCAGACAUGGGAGAGAACAACAUUAUAUCUGAUAUUUUGUCUUUAGAAUUAGAUGCAUGGGAAGGUUCAUUAGUUAAUUUGUUGGGUGAGAGUGAUGAACUGUACAGACCCUUUAAAGCACCUAUUUUGCGGAAAGUCCAAGACAAAAAUCAGUCAAGGUUUUCCUUUGCAAGACAGGAUGAUUUCAUGAAUGGGGCAUCUAAUUUGCUGCAAUCAUUUGCGGUUACUGGACGGGAUCCUGAAGGGAACUUUUCAUCAGGUGCUUUAAUGGGAAACAAAGAUACACUCACUGGAAAAUACCCACAUGUCUUCCCAUCUGGCAAUUCUGUACCAUCAGAUAAACUUGUUGGAAGUCAGUCUUUGGUGCCAUCUAAUUUUUCCUUGUCAAAAACUCACUCAUCAGGCCCACCAGGAUUUUCAUUGUCCGGCAGAAUACCUCCAGGGUUUUCGAAUGGGAGAGUAGAACCGGAUAGUAAUACUUCUGUGAAACAUUUGCAGCAGCAGUAUGUUUCUCCAACUGGAAAUAUUGGCAGCAUGGGAGAUGAUUUUAACAAUCAUGCGGUAUUGAACUUUGGUAAGGGCAUAUUGACUGAAAGGCUGAAUAAUGCUUCUUUUGACAUGAGGCAAACAUCGCUUCCACAGUUUAUUCCUGGUGAGGAUGAUCCUAGACUUAAGCUGUUAAUGCAACAAUCCACACCUACACAGAAUUUUAGACUUCCAGAUCAUGUUGGAAAUAGCUUUCCCCCCCAAAAUGAGUCUUAUAGAAUUUCCUCAAGGUUUCUUGAUCAAUUUCCGUCUAACAGUCCGUCAAUUUAUGAACAAUUACAUUCUCAACAGUUCAGUAGUAAUACUCUUCCAUCAAAUAACCAGUGGGGUAGUUGGAAUGAUGCCAAGAAUUUCAGUGACCUGUCUAUAUCUGAAGUAAUGAAUAACGAGAGAGUGGGAUUUAGUAAUUUCAUGCCUAGUUAUGAGAAUAUCAAGUUUUAAGCACCUGCAACUAGAUCAGUGAUGGUGACAGUUUUGUCUCAACUGGAAUUCCUCUUCAAUGCACUAUGGGCCCUCAGAUGACAGUCCAUGUGGACCAAACCUUGUCUCAAAAAUCAGAAAUUCCUUGAUUUGGCUGAAAUUAUGUCCUAGUAAUGUCAUGUAAAAGAGUAUCUUGAGACCCAUUUCAAAUCAGUUUAGAAUUUGAAUGCUCUGAAUUCCAUUCACAAUUCUGCUAUCAAAUGGUCAGUGGUAUCAACCACCUUGUGCUUAGCUUCAUUACCAAGCGCUAGAAUCUGUGUUUUCCUUCAUUAUGGUAGGCAGACAUUACUGGCAAAUGGUGUCAAUUUUUCUGGGUUACAGAUGGCUUGGCCUCCGAGUAUUUUAUGGAUAAUUACUUGUUCUCCUCCAUCUCCGCAGUUGGGUCACAAUUAGUUUAUGCCAUCAAACUGCAGAAACUGACAAAGAGCCAAGAUGAUAAGCGUUAAUGAAUGGGGAAUUCCUGCUUAGAGUGGUGAAAAAGCCCAUAUAUUUGAUGUUUUCUUCGUCCCCGAAACAGUUUGUCCUGAUUUUGUUACUAAGUCGAACUUGGAAUUAUACACUGGUAAUGUACUUCAUUUAUGUGUGUGAAUAUAUAUAAAUAUAGAUUUUAAUUUCUUAAUAA